GAAAAGAGUGAACGAUAAAAAGGUCCCAUGAAAAACAUCUCUUAUGGAGACAAGGUACAGAAUAGAUGCUAAAUAUGAAAUCCACCGAUCUAUCUAUUUUGCUUUCCUGUUUAAAUUGUAUUGCAUCGUGUUUUAAACCAAAGAGUGUCACAUUCUCUGAAGAUGAGCAACAGCUACUUAUGAUGCUUUUACUGUCUUAACAUGUGAAAGCCAAGUUACUCUCAGUGUCUCUUAUGCUUUUUGCCACCUCCUCACAUCUUUUCUGCUCUGAUAUUCUUCUAGUAUGUCGAGCUACCAAAACCUUUGAAAAGCGAAUACUCUUUUUUUCCCCCUUUUUUGUGAAGAGUGCAGCAGGAGUGUUAGAUUUCAUGAGGUGGCGGAGGCGGAGUCUGUGUGGACUCCGGGCGGCUGGCUCACAACAGAACACAGCUGCUCCUCGCUGAACUUUUUAAAGUAUUCGUGGGUCUUAACAAUUGAUGGGCGCACCACCUCUGACGGGCUCUCACCUCCGGCACCAGCACUAAGAAGAAGAUGCACCCUGAAAUGGCGUUCCUUAUGAUUCUUACCGUACUCUUCCUGCCAGGAGCUUGGGGUCAGGGCGGCAGCGUCCGGCCGGGUGCCGUGCUGGAGGCCAAGAACCUCACCCUGCCCGCCGGGUCCCGGGCCGUCCUGCCCUGCCGCAGCCCCCAGAUGGUGUGGACCCGGGACGCGCUGAAGGACCGGCAGAGGGUGGUGCACUGGGACCUGGUGCGCAGCAGCCCGGAGUACUCGGUGGAGCGGGUGCUGGACAUGUCCCCCGGGGCCCGGCAGAGGGUUUACAACGCCUUUAACAAGGGCCGCGUCUCCCUCCCGGACUCUGCUUUCAGCGACGGCAAUUUCUCCCUCGUCAUCGACAAUGUGGUAGCCACCGACAAGGGAGUGUACACAUGCAAUUUACACCAUCACUACUGCCAGAUCCACCAGUCCAUUCAAAUUCAGCUCAACGUGACCAAGUCAGCUCGGAAGGAGAAGCGCUACUGGGACGGGGAGAAGACGGUGCUGGUGGUCCUGCUGGGCAGCUCGGUGGUGCUGCCCUGCGUCAACCGCCGGCCGCUGUGGAGGGAGGGGCUCCAGGAGGACCAGCAGCAGGUGGCCCACUGGGACUUCCAGCCCCCCGGGGUGCGCCCGGACAGGGCCGACCGCCUGGUGGACCUCUACGCCUCCGGGGAGCGGAGGGACUACGGGCCCCUCUUCGCCCGGAGCAAGAUGAGCGUGGAAGAGGACGCCUUCACGCUGGGGGACUUCUCCCUCUACAUCUCCGACCUGAACCCGGCCGAUAGGGGCCUCUACUCCUGCCACCUGCACCACCACUACUGCGGCCUGCACGAGAGGCGCAUCUUCAGGCUCACGGUGGGACCGCCGCUUCCAUCCCACCCCACCACGGUACCCAGAAUCUUCCAGAACAACGACGAGCUAGAGCCCAGGACAAAAGAGGUGUUGCCACACGAGGAGGGCCCACGGGUGGUAAAUGUCUUCCUCCCUGAGCAUCGAGGUUAUUUUGUGCAUCAUCUGGGCUACUUCCUGGCAGCCUUCUUCCUUCUGGCCUUCAUCAUCAUCGCCGUCAUUGUGCUGACCAAGCGACGCAAAAAGAGAGAUGUGGAGUAUGAGCUGGGUCGAUCUGUUCGGGGAACCAUGACCAAUGGAGGUGAAAUAGCCUUUGACUGCACAGAGCUGAAGGCCUGUGACCAGGAGCCUUUACACUCAGACUACAAGAACAACCUACUGAAAGAAAGAGACAUGACCAAAGACUGCAAUAAGGAGUUCGAUGGGAAGAUGUGGAAGUGAGGGCGAUAUUUCCUAGAUGCUGCUGGCAGGUCCAGGGCAAACACCAGAGGGGUGAAGGACCGUGGAGAGAAAAAGAAAGAAAAGGAAAAAGAAAAAAACCCAGGAAACGGGGAGAGGACAGGAGGAAUGCUCCCUCUGCUGUAACCAAAGCACACAAAGCUUUUUCUUUCAAAGACAUCACUUAAAAAAACUAAAACAACAUAUUUCUUAUAUAAACUUGCUUUUUUAAUCAGUAUGAGUAUAUGUUUAGAUAUAUAAUUGAUCAUUAGUCUUUGCAUUCAUUGUCUAGUUCGUGCUAAGGCAUAUAUUUUUGAAUUGUCCAUUGGUUUGUUUUCUUUUAAAAAAGCAAAGUGCAUGUUCUUUAUUGAGAUGUGACUAUCAUGUACUGUGCAUGAUUUCAGAGCAGCAGGGUCUUGCUUACUGUUGAUGUUUGUAUCUUUUUCUUUUUUUUUUGUUACACAAAUUCUGCUGUACUGUAAUUUCCAAAAGGCAUUUAAUUCUGCUUCAAAUAUCAAUUUACUGUAUGCAAAAACAUCAAUAUGAAAAGUACAGAAUGCCUGAUCUUGACCUAUCCGUCACAAUAUAAGCAUACAAUACAGGUCCCAUGGCCAAAAAUCUUCUGAUUGGAAAUCCGUUUAGGUAAAUGGAUCAAACAGCAUUAGGGUAGACCAAGAGGAAAAAACUAUCUUUUAAUAACCUCCAAACGAGACGAGCAGCACUUGUUUGCAUAAAGCACGGUCAGUGAAAAGCCCCGGUUUGUAAAACUCACGGUUUUAUUCACGGUUAUGCUUGUAAAACGACAUAUUUGCUCCAAACUACUUGGUCGUACUUGUACGAGGUUGGAGCGUGAGCGCCAGGUUUGCCAUUGAUGCUAAAUCACCCAAACUGUCUCUCACACUCCGCAGUUAAACCUCUCCUGAUUAAAGACCCCCCCCUGUUACAUCACCACUGCUGACUUUACGCGCAGAGACUGACACAGAGAGACAGUAUAGGGCAUGUUUCAGAUUUCACAUUUUGGCGUGUACGGAUUGUGAUCAUGAGUUUAUUUUUUAAGCGGGCGUCAGUCAUAAUAAAAGCAAGAGAUGGAAAAAAAACCCCAACAACAACAACCCUUCAUUUGU